UUGCGCUGCAGAAUUGCGCCAAAGCAUGAGCGACGACGAGGACGAGUUCAGUCUGCGCACGUUUGCGCGCGAUGCUGUCAUGCCGCACUGCUGCCUGAACGAGCUGGACAUGAAGCGCAUCCCGACGGCGAAACUCGGUGGCCUCACCGUGACCUCGUGGCCGCUGUCGCCCGAGACCGUCGCGACACUCAUGACCAAGUAUGCUGGCCGCGUGCCGGCCAAGAACAUCAUCUCCCGCGGCUUCCAUAGCAUUGUCGACGAAGGCUGUUUUGAAGACUCGUGCCUCAGCGAGUUGGACCCCGCGCCUGGCGUUUCCGAUACCUCCAUCGCCUUUAGCACAACGCUGGCGCAUUUUGCAAUCGACGUGACCGGCGACGCAUCCAAGCUCAAGCCGGUCACGAAGCGCCCGCCACCCGAUACCUUUGCGACGGUCGUCUACUUUUUUCCGUCCACCUGCGUCGGCGGCGCCGUCACGAUCGCACACGAGCACCAAACGACGACAUUCGAGGCCCUCGACGGAUGCUGCCUCGCGUUCUACAGCACGUGUGACGUGACCGUCGCGCCCAUCACGUCCGGACACCGGUCUUUUGCCGUGUACUACGCCGCCUACGACCUGGAGGCGUCCGCCUGGGACGACGAACACUUUCCCAAGGCAUGGUACGCACCGCGGCCGCUGCCGUCGAUCCAAGAGCUCCAGGACGCGUCUCGCCGCGACGAUCCAGAAGGCUACAUUGGCAUCACGGUGGGGCUCGAGACGCGCAGCUUGACGCCGACGUUUGAUUCGCUCACGGGUUGUGACAAGGCCGUCGUCGACCGGCUACUGGAUGCAGGCGUGUUUGACAUUGCACUUGUGCGAGCAGGCGACGACAACAGUGACGCGCCGGCGCGGAUCGAGACGUUUCAUCCGCGAUGCAAGGCCCCAGCGCUCGUCCAAGAGAUCUCCCACCAGACGCCAAUCAGCGAGUUUGCAGAUGACGCGCACGAGUACGAGUCGCCCGGCCGCUUUCUCCUCGUGUGGCCCAAGGCGCAUCGCGUGCGCAUGCUGGGCUACGACCGCACGAUUGCGCUUUUGCGCGCCAACGUGGACGGUGCCGUCGUCGACGAUUUCGGCUUCGGGUCGCUGCACGGCAUCUUUGAAGCGGCCUUCCGCUUCUUCUACCCGCAGCCCAGUACCAAUUUCCGUCAUGACCCGGAGCACAUCACAAACAUGAUGGCAUCCGUGCUCUACGACCAUGGCGACGUCGGGCUCAUCGAGGCGUUCCUCGCCGUCCACGACUGGUGGGCCGACGAUGCGAUUAUGGCGGAUUGGCUCCUCGCGGUGCUCCGGCGCUUUGGCGCACCCCGUUUCCAGCACCGGCUUCGAACGGCCGACGUUUCGAUCCCGUUUGUGGCCCAAUUGGUGCGACUCGCGACGGCCGGCGACAGACUUGCGCAGACGAUCGCAAGCGACUGCGUCCCGCUGUGGUGGCCUCGCCUUCUGCACUACCUCGUGCAGACCGUCCGCGAUACGCCAACGGCGGUGUGCCGUGUGUUUGACAUGGAGACUGGCCGCGUAUCUUGA